CCUCAUCAAACCGUACUCCGCUCCAGUGAGUUUUCCCUCCCAGUCGUACACCUGACGAGAGCUGUCCGUGGGCUAGAGGUUCGAAGAGUAUUUUUCUGACUCUGUUUCCAUUUGGGUCCAUCUGGAGUUCAUCCACAGACUUCAAAUAAUGCCAUUUAAAAUUCCCAUUCUGGAGAUCUUCCUGGGCAUCCUGGGCUUCGGCCUCUCCAUCAUGUUCUGCACGACCUUCUGCAGAGUGUGCAGCCGCUUGCGAGAGGAGCAGAUCGCCAGGGAGGCGUGGAGACACAGCGAGCAGCAGGACACGCACCCUCCUCCCAUAUAUUUCAUCCCCUUCCACGGAAGCAGGACACAGCAGGACGGCGAAGACCACCACAGGGUGCCUCGGUACAGCCAGGAGCUCCACGCACCGCCACAAUAUAGCAACGGAGUCCUCUGUGGGCCCCCACCUUCCUACAACGAGCUGGGACUGAAGCCUGACGAUCUGCCCCCUGCAUACACAGAGAACCACGUUCCUAUGUAUCCCAUCGGAGCUCCACCUCAGUCACAGCAAUAAGCCGGUGGCACCCCACUGAGCCUCGACUGAGGUUAUGGACAGUGUUGAUUAUUUAACUGCCUCGUGGAUUUGAGUGGCAGCUGGCUCCGAAGUAAACCAUGUUCCAAAGAUAGUUUUUUUUAUCGUGAGCUGGGAGAUAGAAGCUGCAGAAAUGGCAGCAGGUUUACAGCUUCAAUGCCACGAGGACAGCACAUUCUACGAAGCCACUAAAAGAGAUUUUUAGUCCCGUGGCCGUGAUUGUUAAAAUGGGAUCAGUGUGCAUCAUUUCCUUGAGUCCACUUGUUUUCUCCAACGAGGUUUGUUUUCACAUCCGUCUGCUUCUUUUUAAUUAGCAGUAAAUCCCUUUUAAAAGUAUUAAUGAACUACGUGUAAAUUCAGGUGUGAAUGUGAAUCCAAUGGGGCCACUAUGUGGCCAUUUAUGAAGCUCUUUGUUUUUAUCUCAUGUCUCCUGAAUCAUGUCUUUUUCCCUACUUCUACUUAUCAAUUAUAUAGUGUAUAAUUUACAUUAUAUAUUUGACAAAAUCCUGAAGUUGUGGCUAGUUCUGUGCAAUCCGAAAGUUGACAGCCUUUUGCCGAUAGGUGGCACAGCAACAUGAUGACAUUUAAAUGGCAACUACAUUUUUUCUGUACACAAUUCAUCAUUGUACUAAACUAAAUAGUUAUAAACAGAAUUAUUAAAUCAUAAACACUAUCGUGUAUUACCAUGGGUAUUUUAAUGCAGAUCCACAUGCUGAUUAAAGACAUCUAAAUGUUUUCUUUGCAUCAAAAUAACAGGUUAAGAGGAUUGUUCAGGAGUUUUUUAAAGUUAAUAUUUUGAUAUAAGUUUGAUAUAAAUAUAAUAUACAAUACUGAACUGAGUUGCAGCCAUGAGCUAAAACCAGAGGCACACACAAGUUCAGUGACUGAAUGAUGGGUUCAAAUCAAAUGGCAACAACUUUCGGAACGACUUGCUUGUUAUCAGGUAAUCAGAUAAUCCAAUUUGAAGUUGGCUGUAGGACUUUAUAUGAUUAUGUUGUCAUUGCAUGUUAAAAGUCAGUUAAUGGGAAUUCACCUUGAAUCUGAAGGCAGUAUUUUAAGGUCAGAGGUAUGCUGUUUAUCUUUAGUCUUUCCUAAAUGACACGUACUGAGGAGGAACUACAUUUUAAAAACAAUUAGAGUUGCUUUUUUUAAACAAUGACCGUACUGUAAAUUAACUGUGUUGAUGAGCAAAUAGCAAAUCGGAACAUGUGAAUUGUAUAAAUACAGUAGCUGGUCUACCAAAAGAUCUCUGAAUAAAACGACAAAACAUGUGUGUCACUCCAAAGAUACGUCAGUAAUGUCAAGGAAAAAUGAAUUGGAAAUAUCGGUUUGAUUAAAUCUACCUUUUUUGUCUAUAUA